AUGGCCACAGCCACCUCACCACUUCUGGCCCUACCUGCAGAACUGAGAAACCGUAUCUAUGACUUCUACUUCUCUCACGAUCCAACCAUUCCGCCCCCACCUAUAUUGAGAUCUCCCCUUGCGCUGUCUCUCGCGUGCCGCCAGUUGCAUAAUGAGACUUAUUCCCUCGCCUUCGCUUCCACUACGUUCCGGACCAACCGUUGGCAAUGUCGUGAGCUGUCAGCCAAAAUUUCAAGCAUUCGAUCGAUAUUCCGGCCCUCCAUCAAGAGGCUAGAGAUCACAGUCGGUAUUGCCGACUUUCUCAUCCACCCCCACUCUCUUGAUGGCCUGAUGUUAAGUCAAGCUGGACUGAGUGGUCUCGAGCAUCUAUAUAUCACCUUCACUGGGGAGCCUAAAUCUGAGAAGAGGGAGACUUAUAUUAUCUCAAACCUGGAAAAUCUGCUGUGGGCCACAGUGGCGAAAUGCAGAAAUGAGCAUCUAAGCAAGAUACGGAUUGUUCAUGGUGGCCUGCUCCGUUGGCAUGGCAUUUGCGAGCUUUUUGAUCGGAUGCGGAGGAGGCUCCCGCUUCGGUUUUAUUAUGAUGGAGUGUGGGACAUCCAGCCAGACUUCAAGGAAGGAAGAUUUCGCUUGAUCAACCAAGACACGAAUGGCGCUUAUAAGAGAGAGGUUUUGGUUUUGAUGGGUCACACGGCCCGAGAGGCGGAAAUGUUCCGGACCAUACAACAAGAUUUACUCGAGGGCAAAGUUCUCAAGCACGUCUGCGCACGGCGAUCCGAUCGUAUAGAUCCUGCAGAUAUGGACAACGACAUACUCGCAAACGAAAUUGACCAGCUUUCUCGUGUUUUCCGAAUGGAUAACAGGAUCGAUACCGAAGGCUACUACUAA